AAUUAAAUCAAUUAACUCUUUCCAUUCUUUCUUUCAUUCAUCAAAAAUGUAUAGUGAUGGGGAAGGAUCAAAGAAGAGGAAGCGAAUGACCAUCAUAGGCAUCUCUUCCAUCUUCUUGGUUGCCAUGGUUAUCGCCAUAACUGUUGGUGUUGGCGUUAAUAAUAAUGAAAACGAGGAAGAAAUCAAUGGGAGCAGCCAAAAGAAUCAUUUAUCUUCCUCAAUGAAAGCAGUCAAGGUUAUUUGUCAACCGACCGAUUACAAGGAACAAUGUGUGAAGAGUCUCAAUGCCAAUGCUGGCAAUGCAACUGACCCUAAAGAACUCGUUAAGGUUGCGUUUGAAGUCGCCAUGAAACACAUCAACAACGCAGCCAAAAAAUCAACUCUCUUGCAAGACCUAGAAAAAGACCCUAGAACUCGCCUCGCCCUCAACGGUUGCAAGGAGCUCAUGAACGAAUCAAUUGCGGAACUCAAACAUUCUUUUGAGGCAAUUGGGGAUUUUGACAUGACCAAAUUGGAUGACAUGAUGGCGAAUUUGAAAAUUUGGCUUAGCGCCGCGAUAACAUACCAAGAAACUUGUUUGGAUGGAUUUCAAAACACAACGAGCGAGGCGGGCAAGAAAAUGAAGGCAGCAUUGCAAACAGCAAUGCAAUUGAGUAGCAAUGGCCUUGCAAUUGUUUCUGAGAUGUCUACCAUACUAUCUGAUAUGAUUUCUGGCUCUGGGGCGAAUCGUCGCCUCCUUAACAUUGAUGAUGAGAAAAUUUGGUUCAAUAACUUUGGCGUUCGAAGGCUACUAAGCCAAACCCCAACUGAGCUUAAACCUAAUGUGGUUGUGGCUAAGGAUGGAAGCGGAGACGUCAAGACUAUUCAUGAGGGAUUGGAUCGCAUCCCUAAAAUGAAUAACAAGACUUUUGUGAUUUACAUUAAGGAAGGAGUUUAUGUGGAGCAUGUUCAAGUCAAUAGGUCCAUGACCAAUUUGAUGAUGAUUGGAGAUGGUGCUCAAAAGACUCGCAUCACCGGAAACAAGAACUUCAUCGAUGGUAUCACCACUUUCCACACCUCAACAGUCGCUAUUCUUGGAGACAACUUCAUUGCCAAGAACAUAGGCUUUGAGAACUCCGCAGGUGCUAUAAAACACCAGGCCGUGGCAUUGAGGGUUUCCGCGGACAUGUCAAUCUUCUACAACUGCUCCAUGGACGGAUACCAAGACACCCUCUACGCCCACACCAAGCGCCAAUUUUACCGUGACUGCACCAUCUCCGGUACAAUUGACUUCGUCUUUGGGGACGCAGCUGCAGUCUUCCAAAACUGCAAAUUCUUGGUUCGCAAGCCACUGGAUAACCAGCAAUGCAUUGUGACCGCACAAGGCAGGAAAGAGCGACGCCAACCAAGCGCCCUCAUCCUCCAAAACUGCUCCAUCACUGCAGCUCCUGAAUUAGUCCCUUUCAAGACCCAAUUCAAAUCUUAUUUAGGCCGUCCAUGGAAGGAGUACUCUAGAACAAUCAUCCUGGAAUCGUUCAUCGAUGACUUGAUCCAGCCCGCGGGCUGGUUACCUUGGUUAGGCGAUUUCGGGCUCAAGACUUGUUUCUACACGGAAUACAACAAUCGUGGUCCUGGUUCGAGCACCGCACAGCGCGUGACGUGGCGUGGAAUCAAGGCAAUAACACCUCAACAUGUUGUGGACUUCACUCCGGGAAGGUUCAUUAGAGGUGAUCCAUGGAUUAAGCCCACUGGAGUGCCUUAUGCCUCUGGAUUGAUGGCUGCAGGAACAAGUACUACUACAACAACAACAAUGUCUAAAAGUGCUGAAGUAGUUUGA